AUUUAAUAAAAUCUUUAUAUAAGAAAUUAUUCGUUAAAGAUUUUAAAAUCAUCAAAAAUGAAACAAUUUUUGAUAUUAUUUUUUUUGGGUUCAUUAAUAAUUGGAUAUACAAAUGGAUGCAGUUGUUUAGAUUUUUCACUUCAACAAUUGUUUUGCAAUUCUGACUUUGUUAUUAAAAUACAACUUAAGGAUAUUGCGAAAAUGGAUGGAUCAGGAAACUAUGUAUAUCAUGUUGAUAUAUUAGAAACUUACAGAGUUACUGAUGAAGCAGAAAAAGCACUGAAAGUUAAAUUUUUGGUAACUACUCCAUUCGAUGGAAUGUGCGGUCUUGACCUUCGGAGUGAUCAUGUAGCUAUUGUUGGAGGGGACUUAAGAGAUGGAACACCGGAAAUUAGUAUCUGUGGUUUGCAUAUAGAAAAUUCUGAAAAAAUGGAAGCUGAAUAUGUUAACCUUCGAGAAAACUUUCCCAAAAAUUGCACGGCAUCGUAAGCUAAUUAAAUUUUUUUUUUUGUGAAAAGCAAGUUAUAAACUUCGAAAUUUGGUAGAAUAAUAAAUUCAACUACUGAAUGUUGUAAACAG